CAGUAUUAAGACGUCCAUCAUGUCCCGUGUGUAUCUGCAAAAAAAGAAGUUGGAAAAGUUGCUUCACGUUUGGUUGGGAGGGUGGUUUCCCAGCCCAUCAUUCUCUCACUGUGCCCACAAAUCCACGCUUCCAAAAUGAGUUUCAGAGGAAGUUGCGCGCUCCUCCCUGCUUUGAGUUUGGCGCAAAAAAGACACCCAACCAUGAUAAUAACAUAAGUUCUAAUGGGGAAGUCUCGCUUUCACUGCCUAUUCUUUCCUUUAGUAAGACUGACCAGCAGCUUUCGGAGGUGCCCUCUUUCAAAAAGGAGUUUAAUAAUUGCGGGUAUAUGUGUUGUCUAUUUGGUUUUUGUGGCUUCACAAGUUGGACACUCUAAGCAGCACCGGGGCAGAAGGACUGGCAAAGACAGGUACCGACAGACCCAUGGACUGUAUAAUCUGGAGACGAAUGACGCACUGCCAGACCCAAUAGUCUGGCAGACCGCUGGGAGCGUUGUGGUUCCGACCCGGUCCAACGUGGUGUACAUAACCCUUAAGUCUAAGCGUCGCAAACCAGCAAAUAUUCGUGGUACAAUCAGACCAAAACUGAGGAGAAAAGUGAGAAAGAAUCUACCGGCCAAUUCAGUUUUUACGCAUAACAAACUGGGCACUUUGGAGCAGGACACGGGCCAAAAUAAACACAACUUUUGGCGCAACGGUUCCUGGAAAAAAUCCAGGGAUGGUAAUUAUAAAGCUCUGGAUAUAACUGAAAAAUCUCAUAAAUAUGGGGAGACAGAGUCCCACCUUAGUUCUAUCCGAAUCUACAGCCAAAGGGCACCGCCAUGGUUCAGCGCACAGGAUGUGAAAGCUAUGCGCUUUCUGGCAGAUGCCAAAGUUUUGCGCAUCAGAGAAGUCUCUCGUGGAGACUCUCCAUCGCUUCUGUUAUUUGAAAGUGAGUCAGACGUUUCACCGGCCGACCAAAGACACACACAACGGAACAAUGUAUGCGAAGGACAGUGUGGAAUAAUCAACAAUCCAGUGGACACCGCCGAGGUUUUUGCUUUCCAUUUGGACAGGGUGCUGGGAUUGAACAGGACAUUACCAGCUGUAAGCAGAAAGUUCAGCUUUUUACACGUAGAUGGCCAACCCCAUCCAGUGGUGUCAUGGGAUGCAUCCCUUUACCCAGAAGGCCUUGCUGCUGGCUUUUCCACCUUGAGGUUAACAUGGGGGGAGUACCAGAGCUCCCUGAAACAAAGGUGUUGGCAUAAAAACAUCAGCCCAAAACCUGACUCUGGCUGCUCCAGCAUCCAUCACUAUGAGUGGAGCAAGCUAGCUCUGUUUGACUUCUUGUUACAGAUUCACAGCCGUCUGGAUCAGAGCUGUUGUGGGUUCAGACCCCGUCGGGAGGAUGUAUGUGUGGGUCCGGGCCACCGUGCUGAAUGUGGGGACCAGGACCGCAUACAACUAGCAAAUAUUGUCCAUAGAGAUCAUGACCCCAGACACCUGGUCUUCAACAACAACAAGGGGUUUUUCGACCGUAAUGAAGACAAUCUGGACUUCAGGUUGCUGGAGGGAAUCAAGGAGCUUCCAGAGGAGGCAGUAUCAGUGCUGAAAAGCAGGAGGCUGAGAGAGAAACUCCUCCAAUCUCUGUUCCUGGACCAAACCUACUGGGAAAGCCAGGGUGGCCGACAGGGCAUCGACAAGCUGAUUGAUGUGAUCGAGAGGCGGGCCAAAUUCCUCCUCACCUACAUCAACGCUCACGGGAUCAAGGUCAUCACAAUGAAUGUGUGAUGAAGUUCACCCCAGACAGGUAGCAGAAUUAAGACAGAUAAUGUAAAUAUGACACCACUGUGUAGUUAUAUCCACUUACAUGGUCUUACGUGGUCUGAUAAAGACAUCAGCUAAUGUCUAAGCCUGACAGUGUUUGUUCUAGUUCUUUAUUAUCAGCUGUCACCCUAAUCAUCAACACUAUAGGAUUGCAAAAUCUAACAUCUAAGGACUUAUUUGCCCACUGUCCUUAGUGGUCUAACUGUCACAGAAAGUCAUUUGCAGUUAAGGAAAUGAAAUUAAUACUGAGUGUAAAUCAUUUUGCCAUUUACAGUGAGUCUAACUGUAACUUGAGGAAGGUAAGUACAGUAGGUUUACUUCUUUAUAUUGAGUCUUCAUCCUUUACUUUCCCAGAGGCCACUGUGCUGUCAUCAACAUGUGAAGAAUAAGCUGCAGCAAUAACUCUUGCUAUUCCUGAGGGUUUUCAAUACAUAGGAUUGGCAUUGCGUUUAAUGGGAAAUUAUUUUCUUCUCUGCUCCACAAAUGUGUGGCAUCUUAUAAAGUAUCUUAGUUUAGCUAUAUAGGCCACAUGGCUUGAUUGGAGUCUCACGUUAUAUACUGAAAAAACAGAGACUUCAGUUUUAAUGAGUUAUUUAAUGUUUCAUCUCAACAGUCUUAAUGUUUUUUCAACAAAUCCCUCAAGAUGCCAGAAAGGAGUCACUUGUUUUCACUAAUGUUAACCUUGCUUAUAUCAUUUACUAUAUGUUUUUAAAAUCCAACACAGCAUCUUUCUCUGUAUGAUCUUAAAUAUUGUACAAGAACAUUAUGAAUAUGUUUGGGCAAAGUGACUGUGCAUUAUGAAGGGAUUAGCUUUAAGGUGUUUUACCGUAUAUCCACUCUUGGUUUUAGUUUAACUACAGAAUCACUCUUUGCCAUAACACGUUUCGCUGUAUUAACUUAUUGAUGUAUUUGUUCUAAUUAUUGAAAAUGUCUGAGUAUCAGAUGCUCAGUCAAAGAAUUUAUCAAAUACUUGAGCUUUACAUGAAUUCUUAAAGGAAAUAAAGUUUUCAGUCAUGGCGAUCUAGCUUUUCAUUUUAACUCAGCUAUUUUGAAUUUGCCUUGAA